AUGGACAGUCCAGCAAGUGAUAUCGAAGGAGUCAUCAAGACGCUCUGCAUGGGCAGCGCCCACGAGCAGGACGCGGCACUGAACAAGUACUUUCUGCCUGACGCCGAGUUUAUCCAUCCCCUGUGCUGGGUCCCGCGCUUCCGCAACAUCGCGAUUCCCUUUUUUGGGAGCAUCGAGUCGCUGUGGCUGGUACAGUGCAUUUACCGCUGGUACAUUACCUUUGCGCCGCGUCUCGACAUUGUCGUCGACUCGACUGCGUUUGACGAGAAGAACAAGCUCUUGUACGCCACGGCGCGACAGAGCUUCCGCAUCUGGUUCUUCCCCAUCUAUGCCGUGACCGUCAAGCUCGUGACGGUGCUCAAGCUGGAGCAGCAGCAGUCGCGACUCGCGCGCGAUGUGAGCGCGGAGCUCGAUGCAGACGCCGGCGACACACCCAACGGGGCGUCGAUGCUCAAGUACUACAUUGCCAGCCAGGAGGACCUGUACCAGAUGAACUACUGCCUCGAGUUUGCGGCGCCGCACGUGGCGGCCCGGCUGUGGACGCUGGUGCAGCUCUUCACGACGGCCGUGUGCGUCGUCUUGUCGGUGCUGACGCUGCCGCUGCACUUUUACCUGAACCCGGACACCAAGCGCCAAAAGGGGAAACAGUAA